CCCUUGCUCCCUGUUUUUUUAUUAUUUCCUUCUUCCAUAUUCUAUAGUGGUAGUUUCACAAGAUUGCUGUAGUUGUCUGGUUCAGCGCAUAUGAGCAUGCAAGUGAUCUGAGUUGAAAGAUAAAUAUUGCCCUCAUCAAAUCAUCGAAUGUCAUCGCAUGAUUCGAUCACUACUGGCAUAGUAACUAUUUUAUAUUUUUGAAAUUAGUCUGCUAAUGAAAUGAGGCCGUAUGUCAUGAUCCAAUGUUAGCAGGAAAUAUUGCUUGUGAGAUUACACAAUAUGUCCUUCAAGAUAUUGCUUUUAUAAUCACACAUUGGGAGAGUAGUGCACUUUAGCGGGCGCACUUUUUCAUAUCCAAUUAGCGCUGUGGGGGCUCGAAUGCGUUAAUUAAUUAAUUAAUGGACCACGGGCGCCAUCACAUGUAAUCAGUGCAUGUUUAACAGGUCAUUAGAAUCCCCAUCAACAUGCAUGCGUUAUUCAGUAAGCAAUGAAUUGCGCAUGCUCUCCCAUUCAUCUUUUCUUGAAACCACACCCCCCAUUGUUUAUGUCAACAUGACCGACCAAUGGGAUUGACCGGAUUAAUGCUUGAAAAGAGACGUUCUAAAAGUGAACUGAAGGCAGUUUGAACAUGGAGGAUGAAGAGGAGGACAUACACUCGUUGCUGCAUUUGCGAAAACAUCGGACAGCAUUUGUCAGGAUGGUAUCCUGGGAAAUUGGGAAUAAGGCUCAAAGACUGCCAAAAAGGAAAAAGUCUGAAGUAGUCAUGGGAAAGACUGGAAAUACAGACUCUGGAACUGAUUCCGAUAGUGUUAAACUGGAUGAAUCAGAAACAAGUGACAUUGAUGCAGAAGUUGAAUGUGACAGUGAGAGCAACGAGGGAGAAUAUUCUUCAGCAGAGGAAACAACUGACACUGUCAUAAACGAAUUAGUUGCAAGCAAUAAAACCAAAGAAGAGAUUAGAAUGGAAGUAUUAUUGGAUGAAUCUGACCUGCAAGUGCAUGAACCUGAGACUCAGCAUUACAGGGCUCCCAACAAGAGGCAGAAACGCAAGAAGAGGGCACGCAGACGUGAAGACAUGGAGUCAGCCAUUCCCUUCAGGAAUGUUGAAAUCCUUGAUUUUGAUUGUUUGAACUUGGACAGUGAGGUGGAGGUGACUGUUCAAAGGAAGAUACCAAGCUUGGUGGAGAUAUGUAUGAAGACAUUGUGGGAGUUUAACUUGGUGAGAACUGGAAGUACAAAUGUUUCACAAAAACCUGAUAUUCCUGCAGGGAUGCAGCAUGAAUUGUUUAUGUGGAGAUCGAGCCAGCACACGGCAACUGCCCAACUGAAGUGGCUUUACCGGUUGCUGGGCCAGGGAGAGGAAUCGUUACAGACUAAUUCAUAUUACAUGUUAGAGGAGGUCACAGACGAGGAAGGUGCUGGUUUGAGGCAGUCAGUGUUACAAAGGGCAACUCGCACUGUGUGGAACUGUAAAGUCUUGGGUUAUGAGGAGUCUCAGAACUUUAUGGAGUACAGUGGGACAGAGGCGUCUGAUUGGCUGCCCUAUAGCUACAUGAACAAUACAGAAAUAGGCCCAUUAUUGAAUCAUGUCUCAUAUUGGUGGAAGUUCCCUACUUCCUUGUUGUCAGGUUUAUCAAGUGUGUUAGAUCUAAUGCUACCUCAGCAAAACACUGCCAUGACCAAGUCUUGCAAGUCUACCAAAUCUACCAAUUAUGCGAAGUCUAUCAUAUCGCCAAUGUCAACAAGAAAUAAGAGUAUGGCCACACCCCUCAGUCUCAUUGGGAAAUCACUAAGCCAAAGGUACCCCCUGGUGGUGAAGUAUGUGUUCCAGGAGGCUGUUCCCUACACACUGUGGGCCAGAGGGGAUGUCGACCUGGCCCUGCAGCACUUCCACAGCCUGGCUAAACAGGCCUCAGGUAGAUAUCGGCGAGCGAUGUAUCUCAGCGAGGGGGCUCGACUGUGUGCAUUUGUUGGGGAGACGGAGAUGGCGCGAGACUUCUAUAAGGAGUCUGCAGAUGCUGUGAUUGGUAGAAUAAAGGGAGGUAACCAGGACGAGCAGGAGGUCAUCACUCAGAGGUCUCUCCUGAUGACAAACUUGGGUGACCAAGGGCCGAUGACAGAAGAGAAGGCGGAGAUGGCAUCAGCAUCAUGGAGAGCGACGCUGCAACACACCACCACCGCACCGCAUACAACUUCUCUCCGAGCAGUCGAAUCUCACUUCUGCUUUCACUCAGGAACAAACAGAAGACGAGAUGUCAGUACAUUGAGUCAUCUGAAGGAAGGCCUGUGUUGGAUCAAGUCUCUCCAGGGCUGCUGUCCCAUGCUCACACUCCAUCAGGCCGUGGUGGAGGCGUGGCUGGGAUGGCCGACAGAUGCUGACACCACGCUGAGACACAUUGGUACACGUGCUAUGUGGUUAUGUGAGAAACAGGUGAACAUCUUUGAGCUGGCGAAGGUCAAGGCUGUUUGUGCCCAGCCCUUGAAAGUGGUGUGGCGGACCCAGCUGGGACACAUGCGGCUUGUAUCGGGGCAACAAUGUUAUGAAGCUGACUUCAUAGCACAGACAAACCUGCAUCUACAUUUGACAACAGACGGCUUCCUGUCAGGUGACCUCCAGAUGGUGCUGCCACCUAUCAGGGCCCUUAACCUGGAUCCUUACACAGGUGUCCAUGUGUUCAAGACACUGUCCACUGUUCCCCAGCCCUGGCACUCCCUCAACUCCUGCAGUGUUCUCUUAGAGGCCUUCAACUACAAUGGUGGAUUUAUUGCCCCAACCUUCGUGCAGCUGUAUGAAAAUGAGAGUGGAGACACAGUACAACUAGCUAGUAAAACUAUUGCGAUGAAUGGCAUACCGUUGCACGACUUUACAUUCUUCUGGACAGCAGCCAAUGGCAACAGGACAAAGUUGAACCUUUUCUCUCGUCUGAGAAAAUCUGUUAGAGAUGAAAAAGUAUCUUAUUUUGAGUCAACCCGGGAUCCUGACAUUACACAGUUUGUGGAGGGCAAUGAGGAAUGGGUGUCAGGCAUGACACAAUCCAUUCACUACUGCUAUAACAAGGCAUUCACUAUGGGCGGCAAUGCACUUUGCUAUGUUAAGCAUUCUCUGAAGAAAAUCAAGAAAUUUGAAACUGCAUUGAAGAAAUCCCGAAACAAGAAAGCCCUUUUGAAACUUGAAGGUGCCAAAACAAAACUACGCGAGAUGCAAUGUGAUAAGUUUGGGUUGGAGAUUGUGGAGUACUUUGUGUACGGGGAAACACUCUUCCUGCUGCUGAUGUGUGAUGAGUGUACUGGCAUCAAAGUUGUCUUCGAUUGCAGCAACCUGGAAGCCUUUAUGGAUCCCAAGAUCCAAGUAAUUGUAAAAACAGGUCGAGAAUACAUACAAGGAGAGACAAUCAGCAGACAGAGAAGUAACUGUAUUGCCCAUGGCCGUGUGAUGUGGCUUGUGCUAGAGUCAGCAAGGAAUAACAGGUUGCUUCAUGUGUACGGCCAGGGAGGAAGGCUGCUGACGGAGAAACAGCUGCUGACGGGGGAGGAGAUGCAGACACCACUAGUUCACGGCACAAUGUUGUAUGGCAUAGCUCCAGACAGGCACAGCGUGUUGUGUGAUCAGCUGACAGGCGGUGACCCAAUCAGAGGCUGUGUGGUUGACUGGGACAUUGUUGACCUGCUGGUGCUGCCCUCUGUACUUCUGGUUCAUUCGGAGAUCGGUCUCCACAUCCUGUGUCCAAGCUCCCUGCAGCUGAAGUGCAUCACUGUCACCACCAACACACACUCCCUGUCCCUGAGUUCAGACCAGAGGACGAUAGAAGCUCCCAAUCUGUCCACAGUUCAGAUCAUUGGAGAGAGGGUCCUGCCAGGCACAGGGGAUGGCAGCAAGCAGUACGGGACUGCCGUGGCAGCAGACAAUCACCUCCUCCUGUUCCAAGGCCGUGAGGCUGAGGUCGGUGUGUGUAUCGCAGUGCCUGGACAUGCUAAAGAGUUCUGUUGGGUGAAUAGAGAUGUUGGGUUCCUUGUGUCCGUGUCCCUCCAAGACCCAAGCCAGGUCAACUACAGAGAGACGCUGUACCACUACAACUACCGCGGGGAGCUCCUUGCCGUCCUGCCAUUCCUUGGCCCGGGGCCCAGAAACAUGUUCCCCGCUCUGCUCCCCGGAACCCGGGAGGCUGCGGCUCAUGACCCGUUGCUAGGGAAACCUGGAUGGUAUGUGUUCCUGCGAGAUGGCCAUGAAGGAAUUAUGGGAACCAGGCUUUGUGACAUGUGAAAUGGAACAGACUGAAUCAAGACUAGCGAGUCGGUGAUAGUGUACCGGUAUAUUGUCUGUGUUGAAGUAUUGGAACUGCAGUUAUCGAAAGUGUGUAUUAAAUAGGGCUGGGACGGGUAACUCUGGUACUCGGGUCGGUUGGGUACUGAGUAGGUCCCUGGUACCCACAGGACUACCUGCACAUACAGAGACGCAUACACAUCAAUACAUGUCAGAAUAAAAUGUUGAGAUGUGUUUGCGUGCAUUGUUUCCCAAGUGUAUUUGGUAGACAAGGUUGGGAAGCCAUGAUAUCAUUUUACUGUGUCUAAAACUUAGUCUUCCCUUAUUCCUUUCCAUCAGUACAUGUAUUUUAUCUUUUUUAUGCUCCUGUCUAUCGAUAUCAUGCAAUUACGUUUACGCAACGAUGAACUAUGCUAUAAUAAAUAUGCAAAAUAAUGUAAUUAUACCUUAAGGAAUGUAGAAUGCAUGUUUUAUACUAUAUGAAUACUGGCAACAAGCAUAAAUAUGCAAAAUAAUGUAAUUAUACUUUAAGGAAUAUAGAAUGCAUGUUUUAUGUUAUAUGAAUACUGGCAACAAGCAUAAAUAUGCAAAAUAAUAUAAUUGAGUAAAGAGCAUGCUUCCAAAUUGACCAAUCAGUUCCCAAAUAUUGUUAAUCUCAUGGAGAUCGGUCGUGGACUGCCCACGUCCAGCAUAGAAUGUGAGAGGGGAUUUCCUAAACAAAACCUCAUUAAGACACGACUGAGACAUAGAGUAACAACGGAGACCCAAGACAGACUUAUGCGCAUAUCGCUUUGUGGACCAAAAUUGACGCAUUUCAAACCAAACACCGACGAUGCGACGCUGGAAGGCUAGACACAACCAACAGCUUUACAGUGGAAACGAUUCGAUAGCCAAGUUAGUCAAACCAACAUCACAAUAGGUUGAAAUUGUAUAUAUUAAAUCUAUGUGUCAUUGAAUUGUUAAUAAAUUGUAUAUAUAUCAUGUAUAUAUGUUAUGAAAGUGACACUUGAGUUUAUUCUUUUUGUUCAUGCGUGAACAUCCAGCACCUCAGAUAUGAGGUGGGCGUGACCAAAUGCAAAUGUCUGAUUGGCAAAAAGAUAUUUCCGGAUCCCUGCUUUUAGGAAUGUACAAUGCCUGUGGCCCAAGACACAUGUGCCAGAGAUGUAGAAAAAAGAUGUUUUAAUAUAUUUUUUAAGUUCCUACUUAUGGAUAUUAUCUUUAUCAAGCGAACUACUUACUUGUAUGUAAACAGGCCUUUGUUAGGCCUGAUUUCUUUACUUUUGCCUCAUUGCAAUGUUAAAUAAAAAAAGAAA